AUGGAAAACAAUCAGCACAUUAAGAUAGAUAUAGGCCAACUAAGACGCAUGUUAUUCUUAUAUGUAACAAGGCCUGAAGCAAGUGGCCCAACAAACACAGUCAUAGAAGAAGCACUGUCUUCCCUCGUAAAAAAGUCCCUCAAAUAUAUCCCAGAGAAAAAGCAUACCAAAAUUGAAGCAUUAGUAGACACUUUUCUGAAGGAAAAUCUCAAAAGAACGUUCAGCACAUUCAGCGAAGCAGCUAGAGAGCACUGUGUAGUAAAACCAGAAGAUCUAGAGAUCCUCGUGAAGGAGCUUACAGCAGAAGCUCCCACCAAACAGUCAGACUCAAGUGCAGGAGCAGUUUAUACUUUAAAGCGGGAAUCCACAUACGAAGACUACUUCAAUGCUCACAGGGAAAAGAUAGAAGUGUGUAAGACGCAUAUAAAGGCCCAGAAACUAGUUAACAUUCACUGCGAGAAAAUAUUCCAGAGCAAAGGAAUAAAAAAAAUUGACGAGAUCAAGCCCCAGCUCGAACUUGCGCUUGAAAAGGACAAAGCCCGUCUGAAAGGAUUCACUAAGACGCUGGAAAACCUUCUGAAGGAAGAAAAAACUCUAAUUUCUCUGGAUAUUCAUGCGAAGAAAAAAGAAAUCCGUACUGGGGAAACUAUUUCAGAUGUGGAAAAGUACACGUUAGAUCGGAUAGUUGAGAAAGUUAGAGCGCAUCUUUCUAAUAAUCAGCACAAACAGAGCAUAUACUUUGGCCUAGAGGAAGUAAUUCGAUUCAGAAAAAGGAUGACCGGGAGUGACCGGAUGUUUAUGGAGGAGAGUUGCCUGAUAUAUGGUGAGAAUGGGUUCUUUGAUAAGAAAAGGCUUGAAACAGAGAGAGAAGCCAGGUAUAGGACGAUGAGCUUAGCUGACUUUUACGAGGAGAUGAAUGGUCCUGUUGAGAAUACGUCAGAUAAAUUCUUCAAGUAUAUUAAGGGCCUGAUCGACAUGAAUGCAGCUUCUGUGAUUAUGGAAAUGGCGUACAAGAUUAAGUCCAAAGCAGAAACAGUGCAGGGACCUGAAAGGGAGGAAAUAGAGAAGAUUAUGCAGGAGAUGAUGGAGUUUAUGUACAUGAUAAACAUUAUCCACUUGGCACUCUUUUCAGACUUAUACUGGAUUCACAACUCCUUCCAAGUGAAGGAUUCUCUGGAGAACGGAUUUAGUGCAUGGAUGAAGGGGAACUUCAGGUUCUUUCCGGAUAAAUUCAAAAAAAUAGUGGCUGGAUUUCCUAAUGUGGAAAUAAAUUCAGGUAUUGGGAAGGAAUAUCAUGCUCUGAUAAGCUACGCAGGCAAAUAUAACGAAAGAGCAAGGUGGAUCCACAGGAACGCUAUGAAGGCAGAAGAAUAUCUUGCAUUUCUUCGGGUGAAUGAUGCGGGCGAGCCAAGGAUGGAGUGGACUUCCAGGAUUCUUGAAUAUGACAAGUUUUCAACGAAAAGUUUUGUGCCUGAAUGUUCAGGUUCGAUCGAAAAAACAUCGCCUGAAAGCUUGGAAUAUGAGGUCACUCCGCGGGAAGUCAAAGGCAUGAUCUUAUCGCAGAACUUAUUCCGGGAUAUGUACAUUGAAGAGUUAGGAGAUAAAGCCAAAACAGAGUCUGAGAGAGUAGAAUUGAAGAAAAGUCUAUCGAAAACCGAGAAAACGAUACAGCUUCUUAACAAGAAACUGCUUUCAUUUGGGAAGCUAAGCAAGGAAGAAGCCCAAAAGAAGGAGGAGUGUCUCCGUUAUGCGUGUCUGCAGAAGUACAAAUAUGAAUGUAUGAAACGGAUAGAGAUGCUUAAGAAGGAAGCUGAGGCUGAAAUAACCCGGCGGGCUAAGGAUAUUAUGGAGAAGAUUGAAGAAAUCCCGAAUAACCCGAAGCUUGUUGAAAAAGCAAAAAAAUUGCUUGAGAAAACUCUUGAGAAUGAGCCCCACCGUCUUAUGACCCCGGAGUUUUUCCUGGAGGCUGUGCCCUUUUUGGAUGAACUGCCGGAUCUGAUGAAUAAGCUCGAUGAAGAGAUAGUCAAGGCCUUGAAGGAAACCUCUGAUGAAGGAACUGAUGGAAAACGCCAGCAGUAUAUUACGCUUCAAAAUUCUAUCUUUAUGCUCUUCUUCAUCCUUACGCUUCUGUCGCUGGGACUGCUGUACAACUCGGGAACUGUGUGA